CCGACGACGGCGACGAUGCAGGCGGCGGCGUUGCGGCGCCACCUCCUCGACCAGCACCACCUCUCCCCGGCCUCGUCGACCGCCAUCUCCGCCUUCAGAUCCGCGCUCGCUCCCCAAGGGCUCGGCGGGGCGGAUGGCGCGAGGCACAUGUCCGCGAGGGCGCCGGCGGUCAAGGGGGCGGGGCAUCUCGUCCGCAAGGGCACGGGAGGGAGGUCCUCCGUGAGUGGAAUCGUCGCUACAGUGUUUGGAGCUACUGGAUUUCUUGGACGCUACGUUGUGCAGCAACUUGCAAAGAUGGGAUCUCAGGUUCUUGUCCCAUUCAGAGGCUGCGAGGAUUCUCACCGCCACCUCAAAUUAAUGGGUGACUUGGGUCAGAUUGUUCCAAUGAAAUACAACCCAAGAGAUGUGAAUUCGAUUAAGGCUUCUGUAGCCAAGUCAAAUGUGGUCAUUAACCUCAUUGGACGGGAGUUCGAAACAAGAAACUAUGGGUUUGAAGAAGUAAACCAUAAUAUGGCUGAACAACUUGCUAUGAUAUCCAAGGAGCAUGGGGGUAUCGUUAGAUUUAUCCAGGUUUCUGCUUUAGGGGCAUCAGCCUCUUCACCUUCUAGAUUGCUUAGGGCAAAGGCUGCUGGAGAGGAAUCUGUGUUAAAAGAAUUUCCUGAAGCUACAAUCAUGAGGCCUGCAACCCUGAUUGGCACAGAAGAUCGGAUUUUGAACAGAUGGGCAAUGUAUGCCAAAAAUUGGGGUUUCCUCCCACUAGUUGGUGGUGGAUCUACAAAGUUUCAGCCUGUUUAUGUUGUGGAUGUUGCUGCUGCCAUUGUCAACUCCCUCAAGGAUGAUGGCACCAGCAUGGGAAAGACCUAUGAGCUCGGUGGACCAGAUGUUUACACUGUUCGAGACCUGGCUGAGUUGAUGUUUGAAACAAUACGUGAAUGGCCGAGAUAUGUGAAUCUUCCUUUUCCUAUUGCAAGGGCUAUUGCUACUCCAAGGGAAUUGCUGCUAAACAAAGUGCCUUUUCCUUUGCCAACUCCCUCAAAUUUCAAUCUCGAUCAGAUCAAUGCACUCUCUGUAGACAACCUAGUAUCUGAAGAUGCUCUCACUUUCGCGGACCUGGAAAUCAAACCUCACAAGUUGAAGGGCUACCCAACCGAGUUCCUUGUCUGCUACCGGAAGGGCGGUCCAUCUUUUGGUUCCACUGUCAGCGAGAAGAUGGGGAGUGCGGAUGUAGCACCCCGUUUCUGAAGACGCUGUAAAAUUUAUAAUCAUUUAGUUGAAGAUAAGUUGUUGUGUUUGUCUCCUUGUCAUCUGCGGUGGCAGGACUAGAUUUGAUGCAAGCAUUGGCUCCUGUCCUUGUUUCCUUAUCAAUAAGAAAAGGCACGGAUGUAUUGUGAAAUUUUUGGAUUGGAAAUGCAAAAGUAUACAGAAUCAUUGCUGCGGCGAUGACACAAUUGAGCGCUCUCAGAGUGUAAAUCUGAUUGCUCCUAUGGCUGAGCAUUGUUUCAAAUUAUUUUGAAGGUUCAUUUUGCUGUUGAAUAUUUUA